AUGAAAAAGGAAGACAUUUUUUCAGUUGUAACAUUAUCAAUCAAUUCUUUUCCUUUUAUAAAUAAAUUAUGGCAAAUCAAAUUUCCUGUUUGGAUGCCAAUCCUUUAAAAAGAUCCAAAAUAAAUUAACUAAACUGGCAAAAUUAUAGGUCAUAAAAAAACAAAUUUAAAGUAGAUUAAUGUGACUCACUAUUAUAUUCUAUUACAAGAUCUUGACUUAUGAGAAUUCAGGUUAUGUUUUAGAUGUUGAAUAUGUA